AUGGCGUGCCGCGCGGUGAACAUACCUUCCUCGGCAUUGCACCCUACCAGACGCGUUUCAACAGCUAACGGAUUCACGUACGGUCACGCGUACGGCUCGACCUACCGUACCAGGUUCCGUUCCCUUAGACCCGACCGGAAACCGCUCCAAGCCCGUCCAGCUGGACCCGUCCCGACUGAGCCAGUCCGACGUGGCAGUCUUCCCGCGCGGCAACCUGGCGCCGUGGAUGACGUGGCAGCCACGGAAACGGAACUAUCGCUGCCAUUGGCGCCUGAAGGAAUGAAUAAGGCAGAUGACGGGAGGAUGUCAGACGGGGAAGAAGCAGCAGCAUCAGUCACUCAUGAGGCGUCGAAUGAAGGGGUCUCAGGUACUACGGCGGAGGUAGAAGGAACUUUGAAACUCGACUGGGAUGAGAGAGAGGGGAAGAGGAGAGCGGAGGAGCAUGAGGAGUCGGGGAGUGAGAAAGAGCAAGGCAGAGAGGACGAGGAGACGGGGAAGGAGCAGCAGCGGCAGGUUGGAAGAGACGUUGUAGUUGGGGAAAAGGGAGCAGAGGGAAAGGAGGAGGAGAUUGCAGGGAGGGAGGAUGGCGAGGAGGAUGAGAAGGAGGCAGAGACCGAGGAAGCGGAGGGGGAUGCAGCAGUGCGGCAAGUGGGCGUGACGGAGAGCCUAGGCCUGGGCGAUCUUCCGGCAACGGACGCGGAUAUAAAGGCGUACGUGCGCAAGUGGGGCUAUGACGCCCUCGUGCUGCUGCAGGUGCGUCUCAUGCAUUGCAGGUGGUUCUUGAGAAUUCUCAGAAACUACCUGGGCGAUCUGCCGUCCACGGACGCAGAUAUAAAAACGUAUGUGCGCACGUGGGGCUACGACGCUGUCGUGCUGCUGCAGGCGGAUGGCGAGCCUUCCUCCCUGGACCGGCCAUCGUUUGUAGAAGCCGCGGCACGGGAGGGCGCUGUAGCACUGCACAUAUCACUCCCUGCUAUAGAGAACCCGCAGCAGCAGGGGCAAGGGCAAGGGGGACAGCCAGGGGGACAGCCAGGGGGACAGCAGGGGGGGCAGCAGCAGGGCGGUCAGGGGCAGCAAGUGGGGUGGCGUGUGUACGAGGCAGUGAGAGCAGUGGGCACUCUAUCAGCCAUGGGGCGGCAGUCGCUGGCACAGGCGCGUGCAGCGGUGGAAACAGCAGUGCCUGAUGCCCCUGUGCCCUUGCAACCAUGGCAGCAGUGCGUGGACCUCCUGUCGCUACUGGACACACCUCGGUGCCUGGACCUGCUGUCAGCUGUAGAUACACCUCGGUGUGUGGACCUGCUUUCUGCUCUGGACACGCCGCGUGUGAGCGCCAUGGCUCAGGCAGUGUACGAGCGCCGCAGAGACACCGGCGCUGCUGGAGGGCCUGCAGACGACUGGGCGCAAGCCCAGCUGCAGUACGUGCAGCAGCUGGUAGCGGCGAGCGCAGAGGGCAGUGCAGACAUCCCCCUCGCUGUCUCCGAGGUUGUCUUCCACAAGGCUGCUGCAGCGGCCCGCGUUCAAAUCGACCACCACAAGACGUUGGCAGAAGCGGCUAUGGAUGCGGCAGGAGCAGCGCGCAGAGCAGCAACGGUCACAGAAGAGCGCUCUGAUGCUCUGGAAGCGCAGAUAUUAGAGCUGGAGUUUCUGGUAUCACAGCUGAGCAGCGAGAAGGACGCAGGGAGCGGGGAGGCGCAAGCAGCCAUGGCCCGCGUGAAAGAGCUCGAGGAGACGAUCCAGCAGGGGCGGGAGAGGGAGGCGCGGGCAGCAGAGGCGGCACAGGCCGCGAAAGAACGGCUCGCGUUUGUCACGAGACAGAGCGAGAUUCUCAAGUCUAAGGUGGAUGCAGAGAAGCAGGAGGUUGCGGCUGUGAGAGAGCGGGUUGGGCUGCUGACUGGGCAGCUGAAGGAUGCGGAGCAGAGGGAGGAAGCUGCGAGGAAGGCGGCGGGUGAGAUGGCGGAGAAUAUGACGCGCCUAGUCAGCACGCUAAGGAAUGAGGUGGCGGAGCUGAAAGCUGAGGUGGCAGCGGCGGAGGCGAGGGAGAGGGAGCUGGAAGCGGCACUGGAGGAUGGUGGCAGGCAGCUGCGUGCUGCUCUUGAGGCCGAGGCUGUUGUGGGCGCUCUACGUGCCGAUGCAGAGCGAGCGGAGCAGGAGCUGGAGGGCAUGGCAGGCAGGGCAGGGGACCUGCUGACGCAGGUGGCGCAGGGGCGACAGGUGGCAGCACAGCUGGAGGCCCAGGUGGCGGAGGGGCAACAGCUGGCUGCCAGGCUGGCGGAUGAGGUGGACCGAGCGAAGAAGGCCGUGGGAGAGGGAGAGAAGAGGCAAGCAGCACUGGCUAACGAUGUGGAAACGCUACGAGCCACGCUCACGCGGAUCCAAGCAGAUGACCAGCAGCUGGCACAGGAGGCACAGCUCCUCGCACAAGAGUCCUCCCUCCUCAAGAAAGUCCUUGUCGGGGUAUCAGGCCUUGCUGUGCUGCUCCCCUUGUUGCUCCUUCUGCUGCUGCAGCAGCCAGCCGGUGGGGUUGGCGGUGGGAGCGGCGGUGGGAGCGGCGGUGGGAGUGGUGAGGUGAAGGGUGGUGUGGAGGAGGGGCGAGAGCAGGUGGGGGAGUUUGGAGAGAAGGUAGGAGGGGGUGGGGAGGGCGAGCAGGGGAGGGAGAGCCGGUUUUUGUUGAGGCGGGAGAUUACUGUGGAAGCUGCUGAUGUUGGUGAUGGUGGGGGGGAGCUACGGAUGAGUGGUGGGUUGAGGGAGGUGAACUUGUGA